GAAACCAGGCGAUAGAGUUGGAACAAAGCCGCCGCCUGUGAGAAACACAGCCUCGUGAGAUGGACAUCGCCAAAUCAAUAUUUGGACCAAAAGUUCCUGACGGCUAUGGUGGAAAAGAAGAUUACAAUGAAAAAGUUGAAACGGCAGUGUCGGACGAGGAGGAUGGUGGUGACGUCGGAUGCUCUUCUGUCGACGCCUCUGACGGCAUCAGUAUUCUGGCAGAAGGAAUGGCCCCAACGCCUGGGGGCCCCUUCUCUGCCCUCAUUCCCUCCAUGUGGCCCCAAGACUUGCUGAGCCAACUGGGCCAACCAGAGGAUCCAAAUUCGCAGCCAGAAUAUAGAUAUGAUGAGUUCGGUUUCCGGGUUGAGGAGGAGGACGGCCCGGAGCAAAACUCCAACAAGCUGUUGGGAAUUCCCUUUGUUGAAGAUCCUCAGCACAGGCUGCAGUGGGUGGCACAUCUUGAAUUCAGUCACAACAAGGAGGCCAGUGACCUGACCUGGGACACGGUUGAUGUCAGAUUGCCUCACACUGACCGGCUGAGAACAAUGGUCAGACAGGGAAUUCCGCACUCCCUCCGACCCCAGUUGUGGAUGAGACUGUCUGGGGCUCUUCAAAAGAAAACUGCUUCGGAAACAAGUUACAAAGAAAUCGUCAAAGCUUCCAGCAACGAUUCUCUCAUGACCUCCAAGCAGAUCGAGAAGGACCUCCUUCGCACCAUGCCCAGCAACGCCUGUUUCUGCCGCAUUGACAGCACUGGAGUGGCUCGGCUCAGGAGGGUGCUCAGAGGGUUGGCCUGGUUCUACCCUGACAUAGGUUAUUGUCAAGGCACUGGAAUGAUUGCUGCAUCCCUUUUGCUUUUGAUGGAGGAGGAAGACGCGUUCUGGAUGAUGUGCACCAUAGUCGAAGACCUCUUGCCGGCCUCUUACUAUUCCUCAUCUCUAUUAGGCGUUCAAGCUGAUCAGAGGGUCCUGCGCAACCUGGUGUCAAACUACCUUCCCAAUGUGGACCAAGUUCUCCGAGAGCACGACAUCGAGCUUGCCCUGAUCUCAGCUAACUGGUUUCUGACCAUUUUCGCCUCUGUUGUCCACAUGAAGGUGUUGAUGAGAGCUUGGGAUCUCUUCUUUUUUGAUGGCUCCAUUACCCUAUUUCAAAUCACACUAGGCAUGCUACGCAUUAAAGAACCGAAUUUGACCACUCUUGAGAACUCUGCCCAGAUUUUCAACGCUCUGUCAGACAUUCCUGGUGACAUCGAAGAUGUCGAGCAGUUGAUUGAAGUCUCUUUUGAAGUUGCUGGAUCUUUGAAUGAUAUGAUGAUUGAAACGCAUCGGCGACGCCACCUGGCCUACCUCAUGGCUGACCAGGGUGCCCUUGUUGGCAACCCAGAGUCAGUGUCCCACUUGCCUAAACAGCACCUGAGCAGGCGUCAAGUGAAAAGAAACAAAUCGGUAAUUCAGCUACUACUGUUUGGCGACGAGACCACUGAAGACGACAUAAAGAGUAAAAAUAUCAGACAAACAGAAAUAUUGGUUGAUUUAAGAGAAGCAGUUUUGCAAGUUGGGAGACACUUCAUGGCUAUUGAACCAAAACAUUCCAGACUCUCUCUGCAGGCGGACUACACAAUGGAGAGUCAUGCUCGGGACCAUGAAAAAUAUGUUGACGUUUCGUUGACCAGAAAGAGGAGGGCAAAGGCUCUCUUAGAUUUUGAACGACAUGAUGACGAUGAGCUAGGUUUCCGAAAGAAUGACAUCAUUACCGUGAUUAGUCAAAAAGAUGAGCACUGCUGGGUUGGAGAGCUCAAUGGUUUACAAGGUUGGUUCCCGGCCAAGUUUGUAGAACUGCUAGACGAGAGAAGCAAACAGUACUCCAGUGCCGGGGAUGAUGCUGUGUCAGAAGCAGUUACAGAUCUAGUCAGGGGCACUUUGUGUCCAGCAAUCAAACAGGUGCUUGAGCACGGAAUGCGAAAACCCUCGUUCCUGGGUGGAACUUGUCAUCCGUGGCUCUUUGUGGAAGAGGCAGCAAAAAGUGAGGUAGAGCGAGACUACAACUCUGUGUACAGCCGCCUAGUAUUGUGCAAAACUUAUAGAUUAGAUGAAGAUGGUAAAGUUCUUACCCCUGAAGAGUUGUUAUAUCGAUGUGUGCAGUCAAUAAACUUGACUCAUGAUGAAGCACAUGCACAAAUGGAUGUAAAAUUGCGAAGUUUGGUCUGCUUAGGCCUCAAUGAACAGGUCUUGCACUUGUGGCUGGAGGUCUUGUGUUCUUCCCUUGAUGUCGUCCAGAAAUGGUAUUACCCUUGGAGCUUUGUUUGUAGUCCAGGCUGGGUGCAAAUAAAAUGUGAACUCAGGGUGCUGUCUAACUUUGCCUUCAACCUGAACCCUGAUUGGGAACUACCAGCCAAGAAGGAGCAGUCACAACCAUUGAAGGACGGGGUUCGGGACAUGCUUGUCAAGCAUCACCUUUUCAGCUGGGACUUGUAACUUAACAAAAUUCUAAAAUUGCACUACCGAAGCCUUACAAUUUUUAAUUUAAUGUCAAAAUAACUUGAUAUCUGACUGAGUCACACCUGUAGUCUAUUUUAGUUAUUUGCAUUUGUUUUCUAGUUGUUUGUUGUUUAUACAUUAUAUUUCAUAAUUUUACUUUGGGAGAGUCAAUCGAAAUGAAUGGAUGGGUGCAUCCUUUUUUUAUUCUCUCCAAAAGCGUUGUUCAAUUAUUUUUAUAUUUUUAACAAAAUAUUUAAAUUUAUUGUUUCAUUCCAUACAGAUAAAGAUAACUUUGAUUGAAAUCAAAUCCAACAAUAUAAAUAUAUAUGAUAUAUGACCAGUGUCGAAUAAAUUGAUGUUCUAAUCACCUUGACAGACUGA